UAGCAGGCUCGUACCACGACCCCACGACAAACAGCCCUCCCCAGCCCAUCGUGAUUCUAUAGUCUUGUUUCAGUACGAUUGACAAAAAUAAGGAACCGAGUCUCUAAUAAUAAAUAGUUGGAGCGGUUUAUUAGACUUUUUUUAUAUGCCCAUUCAUAUCAUCUAUCCAGCUCCAGACGUAUCCUAGCCAUGGCUUCUGUCUCAUCUGCCUCCCCCCACAGCUUCACUCACAUGGAGUCCGGCGAUGAAUCCGACUCCUGGCAGUAUGUAGAGUCAAAUCCGGCAUCCGUUGGUUUCAUGCCUAGCCCGGCCAGCUCGAGUAUGAACAGCUGGGGGAUAGUCGGGUAUCCCAAUCAGGUUCAGGCAUCUCCUGCUGCCAUGUCUCCCUUGCAGCUAGAUCACGAUCAUUCUCACGGGGCACCACCUACCUCCUAUCCAAAUCAAACGACGACCAACUCCGUGAUGACGUCGAGCGGUGCCGACAGUCAAUUGAUGCCCGCCUUUGACGAACAGUCUUUCAUGGCUAGCCAAGAUAUAUUCUUCAACGAACAGCUUACUGACAUGAAUAUGACGCAAUAUUAUUCUACCUUCCAGGGUAACAUGGGCGACAUGACGACGUUAGAAGGGUUCGAGAUGGCACCUCAACCUGUCGAUUUGGGUAUUCCCCAACAAUUCCGGAACGGCAAUGACGUCUCACCGUGGGCGCCGAUGAAUUUAAAGAAUGAAGACUUCCCUCCCGUACUAGUAGACGAGACCAACAGCUUCACCACCCCGUCGCCCAGACAACAAUCUCCCUCACAUAGCCACAGCUCUUUUCACUCGAGCCCGGGGUCGCCCUACGUCAAGAUCGAGCACCGAAAGAGCGCGAGCCCGAUACGCAAAGUGAGAGAUGGCUACAAGAUCGAGAAGAAGAAGGCGGAGUCGUCCAGCAAGUUCGUCAUUAUGACGCCGAACCUCAUCAACCAACACUCCGGGAAGCCAAAUCCAUUCGAGUGCUUCGAGGCUUUGCGAACUACGCAGAGGGGUAGGAAGGGACCGCUUGCGCACGAGACUAAGGAAAGUGCGUUACAAGUCCGGAGAUUGGGAGCGUGCUUUUGUUGCCACAGCCGCAAAGUCAAGUGCGACAAAGAACGCCCCUGCAAGAACUGCAAGAAGCUCUCCGCUCAGGUCCCGCAGAUUCUAUGCUGGCAGUUCGGCGACUUCCUGCCGGUGCUGUUCCCGGACUUCAUCCGGGGCCACUUCAAAAAAGACCAGAUGUCGAGCUUCAUCAGCGAGCACGUGGAGAACUUCCGGCCGAACGGGGCGGAGCUCGCGUGCUCGGUCGAGCUGUUCUCGGGGACCCGGUUCGGGUCCACGCUCACGAUCCCGGCGUGCUUCUUCACGCCCAAGUCCGCCGAGAUCCUCCAGCACUGGCACAUGAGCAUGGGCAUGAACCAGAUGGACCUGCAGUCGCGCGGCGCGGCGCCCAUCGGCAUCGACCCCGACAGCGCCCCCCAGCGCGAGGAGCUCAAGAAGCGCGUCCGCGAGUACGUCCAGAACCUCACCUCGGAGCCCCUCUACGCCGAGCAGGUCACCGACUCCAUCCGCACCACGCAGCUUCCGCGCAAGGUGCUCGCGAUCGUGCAGCGCUUCGCGAAGCGCUCGCAGUCGUCAAUGGUCAAGCGCGCGCUGUCCAUCUACGUGACGCACUACGUGCUGACGCGGCAGCUGUGCCUCACGAACGCGACGAUCGUCGGCCUCCGCGACACCAACAUGGUGCCGCAGAACAACCCGUGGGUGACGACGCGGGUGCUCAACCGCCAGGUGAAGGCGGUGCUGGACGAGCUCCUGCUGCGGGAGAUGCAGGCCCUCUUCGACGGCUUCUCCAAGUCCCUGAAGCCCAAGCUGCGGCGCGAGUGGGCCCCGUGCCUGGCCGCGUUCCUGGUCCUGUGCCUGUUCAUGGAGACGGUCGAGACGGCGGCGGACACGUUCGUCAUCUCGCAGAACGAGAUCGCGCUGCGCAACCGCUCGAAGCCGGAGUUCAGGAGGGACUUCGCGCUCGCGCUGUGCAGGGAGAUCGACAACCUCCCGUUCAAGCAGUUCGCGUACCAGUUCCACCAGAUCUACCAGACGCACACGCGGGACACGGGGGCGAAGGCUUUCAAUCCGCUGGUGGAUGCGAAUGUGGCGCAGAUGGGGGAGAUGGACGAGUCGGCGGCGGAGAUGGUGCGGGAGUUGAAGGAGCUGCUCGAGGGGGAUAGCUGGCACGAACUCGACUUCCUCGUCGCAGACCCCAUCCUGCCGAACCUCGAGGGCCACCCCUUCCCCCGCGACGUGUCGCUGAACUACACGGGCCGUCUCGUCGCCAGGUUUUUGCUCUCGUUCACGGACGAGAGGUAUCUGUUUGAUGGGCAGUACUGAUUUUCUAUCUGAUUCAUAUAUUCUAUAUACCUACCGAGGUUUUAUUUUUUAGGUAUCUUAUAGUAGACAUCUAUCUUCUAUAUUAUCUCAAGGAGGGGGGAAAGGGAGGAGAGGCAUUUUCUUUUGCACGCAUCUUGUAUAGGUACCGAUAUAUCUAGAGUAUGGUUUGGACAAGGUGGUGUAGGUCUUUGUGUGUGUAUGCGUGUACGAUACGGGAUGGCAUCGAAACGAGACG